AUGACUUUUUACGGACAACAUAGCGGUGGACAUCUUGUUUAUUCAAGGGAGAGGCUUUGCUUCACUAACAAACAAUGCGACGUGCGCGGCAUUCCACCCAUACCUGAAGGAGCUGAGGAGGAGGCGCGAGGGCGCAGAGCGAGCGGAAGUGACCACCAUUAUCAGAGACUCUUCAGUACCCACAGCCCUCCCCCUGCCUCCCUCCAACCCCCCCGCUCCAGCCCGCUCCACCCCGCCCCUCACUCUCAGGACUCCUCCUCCUCAGGACCCUCAGAUCCAGGACCAUCGGGGGACAGGGGCGUCAGGAACGCAGCUCGUCACAGUAACAGCUCAGACGGCCUCCUGGUCCUGGACCGCAUCAAUCCCCCAGAGGAGGAGGGGGGGCAGCAGCAGGCGGGAUUGUGGGUAAACGGUCUGCCGGGGUCCAGAGGAACCGGAGUGUUCAGGAGCUCUGAGACUCUGACGGACGAACAGACGAGGACGGAUAACGGAGUCACAGAGGAAGGAGGGGCAGGGCGAGGACGAGGAGGAGGAGGAAGAGGAGGCGGGUACAGCGAGGUCCUGUUGGACUACGUUUGGGGGAAACAACAGCAGCUGCAGCGCCAGCAGUCCCAGACCAGCACCAGGCAGCACCUCUACAACGGGUACUCCUCACAUCAGCCCCCAGUGGCCCCGCCCACCCACCAUGGUCACCUCGGUGACCAGCGGCGAGUCAAAGUCACGCGCACCAAAUCUUGCGGCCCCUUCCUCCCAGUGCAGCAGAACCAGACUGAUACCCAUAAUCCUCCUUUGUCCACCAUCCAGCCAGACCCCCACCCCCAUCUACUGCCCCCACGACCACCACAGCUACCCCCCACCCAGGACACACAGCUGGAGGAGGCCACCAGGAGCCUCCACAAGGCCCUCGCCCUGGAAGGUCUCAGGGACUGGUACCUGAGGAACACGAUAGGCUCCACUCACCAAAACCAGGCCAACGGAAAGGUCAACAUUAACGUGAACAGGGGGGUUAAAGGUCAGGGUGGUGGGGGUGGAGCUGUGCCAGGCAGACGGCGGACUCACGGUGGCAUCCAGCAGUCAACCUAUCAGACGGAGACGAGUCAUCAUCACGCUCCGACACAUCGCAAACCAACGCUGCCGCAUUCAGCCACGUUCCACGGACACCCGCUGCACGGCAGGUCUGUGGAUAGCUCUCUCUACCACGACUCCUUCCCUCCUCAGAAACAGGAAAUUCCUCACAGAGACCUGACUCUGGACCAGCCGUCUCCUGGAACUCUAGUCUGACUCACCAACCAAUCAGGACGCUCUGAUACACAGACCAAUCCCGGGCUGGCUUCCUGGGGUCGCCUGAAAUCUGCCCAUCAUGAUGUCAGACAGAGGAUGAUGAUCGUAAACUCUAUUGUAAACAUUCGAGUCUGCCCUAGAAUCUGAACUUGUUUAGCCCCCAAAGGGUUUCUGGGUAAAAACGAAGCUGUCAAUCAUUUAAAACUUGAAGUAACUGCAGGAUUGUUUUUUAAUGUUUUCUACGACAAAGUCUUCGUCUGUAAUUGGGCUCAGACAAUCAGAAAGAAACCAGUUUUUCUACAAACUUUUGAUAAAAGUGAUGAUGAAAGUGUUGCACUCUCUCUGAGGACACCACCAGCUACCAUCAGACCAGCAGUUUUUACGUCUGAAAGAUUUAACUUUUAAUAAAGACCUGUUUGAUUCCUCAGGUGAGCCCAGACAGGUGAGACUCUUCAGGUAUUCUUACAGAUUGGACGUUUCUGCACUAAAAAUGAACCAUCGAUAUAUCGAUAAAAACAUAAAAACAUGGAGAGCAGAUCUUUCAUUGUUACCAGGAAGUGAACCAGUAACACCAGUAAGGACGUCUCUGUGGUUGUUAGCAGCAUCAGGGGUCUCAAAUAAUCAAAAGCUUCUGUAUGUAACGGUCAUUAAACUGUAGCUAACAGCGCCACCAGUGGCCGUUCAGUGAACUGCAGUCAGCGUCCUGUUGCAUCAUCCUGGGCGUCAGCCA